AUGGCCUCCCUGCAGACCUCGUCCAAGAGCUCCCCAGGAUGGGUUUUCUUCUGCUGCUGUUGCUGUCUCCCCCUUCUUCUCACCAGCUGUCUGCCCCUGAAAGGGGCUUCCACCACCCAUGAUGCCUGCAGGCUCAGGAAGGUCAACUUCCAGCAGCCCUACAUCAGGAAUCGCACCUACACCUUGGCUAAAAUGGCCAGUGCCUCAGACAAGGACACGGACAACAGACUGAUUGGGCAGCAGCUCUUUGUUAACAUCAGGGAAAACAACCGCUGCUACCUGAUGAAGAGGGCUGUGGAGUUUGUAGUAAAAGAUGUUCUCCUCACUGAAGUCAAGAACCAGUACCCUUAUGUUGAGGAGGUGGCACAGUUCUUGGCAUCCCUGACCUCAGAGCUGAGCACUUGUCAAUUCUCAGGAAAAAGAGAACACAUUGAAAAGAACCUGGAACAAAUGAAGAACAAAAUGGAACAGUUGGGAGAGAAUGGAAAGACUAAAGCCAUUGGAGAGCUGGAUUUACUGUUUGACUACCUGGAAAAUGCCUGUACUGAUGCCCCAAAGAAGGGAGGUAACAAGAAGAAAAACUGA